AUGAGUAUACAAGGAAUCUUUGAAAACAUAACCGCCUUUGGGAGACUAAAUCAACUUCUUGACCUUCCGACAACGGAUAGGCGUGAGUUUACAUCAUCUUAUGAUUUUGGGGAGACAUAUGCGCCAGACUUGAUCAGUGUCAUCCCUUAUUUUACCGAGUUGAGAAGCAAUAGCGGAAAUUUCGACGAAUCUAUUAGAGCAGAUGCCGGAUCGCAAUCUUUAGAUGUGACUUUGAAG